GCAAAUAGCUAUACCAUAAAUAUAUCGCCUUUCGGCUUCGAGGGUUUCUCUGGUUAGAGUUUCUGGUUCUGCUCUCGCAGCCGAAGCUCCGAACGCGAAAAUGCCGUCGCACAAGACGUUCAGGGUGAAGAAGAAGCUGGGGAAGAAGAUGAGGCAGAACAGGCCAAUCCCUCACUGGAUCCGCAUGCGGACUGAUAACACAAUCAGAUACAAUGCUAAGCGGAGGCACUGGCGCCGAACUAAGCUAGGGUUUUGACUCGGUGGCGGGAAUCUUAAUAUUCCUAUUUGGCCUUUUUCGUUAUUAAAUUUCGAAGAUUUUUAGUUUGUUCCAAAUGAAAUGACAGUGAGAUGAGGUGGUGAAAUGACAGUGAGAUGAGGUGGUGCCUUGUACUCUGAUCAUAUUUGUGACUUAUGAGGAACUAGUUCAUCACGAGAGUCCUUAAUUGGAAAUUUUGUUAGUGAGCUA